AUGGCUGCACCGAACGACAACCGUCGAUUCUCGAUCCUAAUCAUUAACCCAAACACUUCAACCCACAUGACGAACGCACUCAAACCCAUCCUAGAGAGCUUGGAUUAUGCAGAUAUCUACUUCGAUUACUUCACGGCGCCUUCCAGUGAGUCUGUCACACUCCCGGAUGGGCGCAUUAUCAACGGAGUGCCGAGCAUCAACUCGGGAAAAGAUUCUAUCACAUCAGCCUUGCAUUGCAGGCCCUUUGUCGAACCACUUGUCCCAAGAUACGACGCAUUUCUUGUGGCAUGUUAUUCGGCUCAUCCCUUAGUCGGUAUGCUCAAAGAGGCGAUCACAGAAUUUGAGGAAGCGUCCUCCGGAAGAGACUCCGCAGUACCAGAGUACCGAAAGAAAUAUGUGACAGGCAUAUUCGAAGCUAGUGUCUUGACCUCCCUCUCCCUCAUUAGCUCUUUCCAUCUGACAGGAGAUGCAAACUUUCAUAAAGCACAAGCAAAGGAGACAUUCGGCAUAGUUACUACUGGGAGCAUCUGGAGAGACGAACUGACAAGAGCGGUCACAGAGAUGAUCGUGAAUUCUGGCGACAGCAACAGCUCUACUGCUCGCUUUGCCGGUGUCGAGACCACUGGAUUGACAGCCGGCGAAUUACAUACUACGCCUGCUGAAGAGGUGAGGAAAAGAAUCAGCGAUGCGACAGAGAGGCUCAUCAAAAGCACGUCGCAUCCCUUAAGAGCCAUUUGCAUGGGCUGUGCGGGAAUGGCAGGUAUGGAGGAAGGGGUGCGAGAUGGCUGUAUAAGGGCAUAUGGUGAACGACAAGGCCGAAGAGUGAGGAUAGUUGAUGGCGUAGUCGCCGGGGCCGGCAUGCUUGUGACGGCUUGCAAAGCGGGAUUUUGA